GGAAACAACAACGAUGGCGGAGGCGGCGUCUGUAAGCGAAGAGAUUUUCGCUCUCAUUUCGGAAGAGGAGAAGAAGUCCAUCUCAGAUGUUUUGGCCAAGAGGUUGAAGGAGCUGUGGGAGACGAAGGUCAAGGAGAUCACGGCGCUGAAAAUUGACAACGAGAAGCAGAAAAUAACGGGAGACCAGGAAAAGUUCCAGUUGGAGCGAGAACUGGUUGCAGUCCGCACGCAGUUAGAAGAAGAAACUAGAUUGAAGGAUGAGGUGAAGACAAGAAGUGAAGAACUAGAACAGAGGCUAAACCAGUCUGAUACUGAAGUCCAAAAUGCCAAAGCCAGAAUCAAUGCUUUGUCUCGGGAAAUUCAGCAUUCACACAGUGAACAAGAAAAUGCAUCAACACAGUCUGCUGCUAUGGCUGGCAGCCUGGAGUCAAGAAAUAAAAGACUACAAGAACUACAAGAACAGGUGGAAAAGCUUGAGGAACAAUUGACAGUAGUAACAAGAGCAAAAUGUGAGGCUGUCAUAAGGGCUGAAGAAGCUGGGAGCAGGGAGCUACACUUGCAGUACAAAGAGAAGAGACUAGAGCAAGAACGGAGUCUCUUAACACGCCAGGUGGAUCGCCUACAACAGCAGUUGGAGCAGAGAGUGGAGGAGAGUGUCAACCAGCGUAGAGAGCAUUCAACAACUAUUCUCAGACUACAGACAGAUCUCAAUCACAAACUGGAAGAGUUACGAGUGGAGAGAGAGGAAACUGAGAGAACACAAAAGGGCUUUGAAGAGAAAUCGCAAAGGAUUGAAGAACUUCUGUCAGCCUUGAAUGCCUCCAGAGAAUCAGAAAUGAAACUGGAUGAAACUUACCGCCAAGAACUUGUAGCACAGAAGAAACUGGCUGACAUUUAUCAAGCUUCCUGCCAGGAUGAGAAAGAGCGUUGCACUGAGUUGGAGAAGGCAGUUGAAGAAUUACGCAAGCUCUUACAAGAGGCCAGUGAGCAGUAUGGAUGUUUGGAGCGUGCCAAGAAGGCAGCAGAGGAAGAGAGUGCAGAAGCUCUUCAGCAGUCAAAUUUGCUUGUCAAAGAACUCAAGGAAGAACUAGAUAAAGUGAAUCUGUUAAUGGAAGCAAGCUCUAAAAAGGAUCUAGGAGGACUAGAAGACUUGUCACCUGCUGCAAGUGCUGCAAGUCAACUUGUUAGUCGAGGCCUUAGUCUGACACAGUUGUACUCAGAGUAUAUGAGCGUGUCCGAGAAACUAAUUGGCACAGAGGAAGAAAACAAGAGACUAAAACGUUAUGUAGACCAGAUCUUACAGGAAAUUGAGGAUCGAGUUCCUGUAUUCAGGAAACAGAGAGAUGAUCACCAGAAGUCACUAGAGACCAUUACUUCCUUGCAUUCUCAGUUGGAGGAAACUUUAGCAGACCUUGAGAAGCAGAGGAUAGAAUCACAGGAAGCUCGACGCAGAGCAAAAUACCUUGAAAGAGAAAAUUCCCGCCUUGGAAUGGAAGUGAAAGACCUUGGAAAGCAGGUCACCAUCCUGGUUAUGCAGGUAGAAGCAGCUAGAGCAGGGCAACCCCCACCAGUUAUUCCUGUGGAAAAUGACAGUCCAACUGGAGCAGGUGAGGUUAUCUCACAACGAUUGGUUGCAUUUAGAAAUGUUGCUGAACUCCAAGAACAAAACACUCAUCUCAGGACUUCAUUGAGAGAACUGUCUCAGCAGAUGGAGGCAGUUGAAAAGGAGGCUGUUGAAAACAGGACUCAAGAUUUACAGGAGGAGCUAGACGCAGCUAAAGCACAAUUAUCAGAAUUGCAAGCAGCUCGUGAAAGACAAGAAUCACUCAUGGAAAAUAUUGUUAAUCAGCGUAACAUGUACCGCACUCUUCUGUCUCAACAAUCCCCCCAGACAAAACCACCAUCUUCAGCUCAGUCUUCGCAGUCUUCAGAUGUUUCUCAAGAGGAAUUAAAGAAAGUGAAAGAGGAACUUGAAAAUUCAAAGAAAGAAUUGGCAACAUUAAAGAAGGAGCAUGAAGAAUACCGUGAAGAAAAAAAGAAGAAUGAUAAAUUGCUGCAGGAUGAGUAUGAGAACCUAAGGGCCAACAUGGAUAAGACAAGGAACGAGAAUGUCAAACUGAUAUCCCAAGCUGAAUACAAUGAUGAAAGGAUUAAGACACAACAAAAUAAUGCUGAAGUUCUCCAGAGGCAGAUCAUGGCCCUGGAGAAGAAUAAUUCAACACUGCAAGGCAUCAUUGGACGCCAUGAGAGCACAAUAGAAACUCUGCGUAAUGAGCUUCUGACUCUGCAGAAGAAACUUUCUUGCGCUGAAGUCACACUUGAAAAUCUUAGGGAGGAGAGAAUGCUGUUGAAGGAAUCUGAAGCACGACUGCUGUCAGAGAGGGAGUCUCAUGAAAGAAAUCAGGCAUCCCAGGCUAUGGUCCUUGCAAACUUAGAGACCAUUAAGAUCAAUUUGGAAAGAAGUGAUGCAACAGAGAAGAUGCGAUAUGAAAACCAGAUUCAAGAGCUAACAGAGCAGUGCAGCCGUUUGAAGGCCAAGUUGGAGUCAAACAUUGAGGUCAAGGAAGCCACUAUGAAGUUGACAGAUGCAGAGAAUCGCAUCAAGUCCAUGCAUCAAGAACAUGCUGCGAUGACAAAGCAACUUUUGGAAGUGAAGUCAGAGUUGUCAGCCACAAAGACUCGAUUAGCAGAAGCACAAGACAAAAUGAGAUCUGCACCAUCUCCACAAGGAAAUAAAGCAAGAGGAAGCAGUCCUGUUGCAUCAUCUCCAUUCCGACUGGCUGGAUCAUCACCCCAGAUUCGUGACCUGCAAGUGCAGUUGACUGAGGAGAGAGCAUCGGUUGCAACACUCCAAGCAUCUCUUGAUCAGUCUAAACGCAAUAUUGAGGAGCUCAUGGGGGUCACCAAGCAACAGGAGAAGCAGUUGGCUGAGUCAAAUGAGGCCAGCAAGAUUGCCCAGGGACAGCUUUCCAAACUUGAAAAGGAAAAGAGUGAAGUGGAAGAAAAACUGGCAAAGACUGAGUCUCAGCUUAGUGAAGCUGUAGAAGAAGCAGAAGCUGUAAAGACUCUUCUUCAGACCCAGCUUGCAAAGAUGCAAGAUGAGUUGCAAGUGGCUCAGAAGAAGUUGAGUGAUGCAAAUGAAGCUCUCACAACAGCUAAAGGAGAAGAAGAAAAGGCAAAGAAGGAAGCCCAACAAAAGGCACAGCUUGCUGGAGAAGUUCAAGAUAAGUAUGAGAGGGAGGUGAUGUUACAUGGUGCCGAUUUGAAGGCUUUAGCUGUCUUGAAGGAAAAACAAGCUGAGUAUAAUGCAGAACUCCAGCAAGUCACCAUGGCCAAACUGAAGGCAGAAGAAGCUGUCAGAGACACCCGAUUAGGAUUUGAGGAAAGAGAAAAUCUGCUUCGUCGAGAAAAUAAAGACUUGCUCAUGAGGAGUCAUGAACUUGAGGAACAGAACAAGGCUCUUCUUGACCAGUUUACCCAGUUAUCUGACAAGAUGGCUGCAUUGCAGACUAAGCUGUCUGUGCCUGGGGCUGAUAAUCCUAACGCCUCCUUCACUGAGGAUGAGGCUAGAUCCUCAGAUCAGUUAAGAGAAGUCAUCAAAUACCUUAGAAGGGAGCGAGAUGUAUCUGCCGGAAAGUGUGAGGUGGCCUUGGCUGAGGUACAGAGGCUGACUGCUCAGAAGAAGAUCUUGGAGUCACAGAUAGAACAGGUUACUAAGAACCUGGCAGAAGAAAGAGAAAAGAGCCAAGCCUCACUUGAUAGUGCUGGACGAUAUGGAGAACUUCUUAGGAAGGUCCACACAAUGGAUGCCCUGGCGGACAGCAACCGUCUCCUUCGUGAAGAGAAAGAAGGCAUGCAAAACACCAUCACUGAAUUCAAGGCAAAAUAUGAAUCUUUGGAAAAGCAGAUUGAACCGCUACAAGAGAAACAAAGGCUUUGUGACAAUAAGAUUGAGUCUUUGAUGCUGGAGAAGAAGAGCAUUGAAAAUGAAAAGGAUCUUUACAAGAAGAGAACACAAGAGUUGGUGGAGAAACUUAACCGUGCCAAACCUGAGGACUUCAUUAGGCUACAACAGGAAGUGGUUGAACAACAGAAGACCUUACAGAGCAAGGAGGCAGAAGUGUCAAGAUUAAAGAACCAGCUUGCUCAAUUGUCCAAGAACCAGCAAAUGAUUGUGAACCAGAAGAAUCAAUUCCAGCAGCAGCUGAAUAUUGUGCGGUCAGAUCUUCACAAGACCACGGAAGAAUUCAAAAAGCUUACAAUGGAGAAAAAUCGUAUUCAGGCUCAGAGUGGUGAGGAGUUCAAGAGGGUAAACAUGGAAAAGGCUCGCCUUCAGCAACAGCUAGUGGCAACCCAAGAACGUGUGCGCAGUUUAGAAACCUCUUCACAGCAUGCACAAGCCACUCAUCAACAAGAGAUGAGCAAGGCUCAGGAACAGCGCAAUAGGGAGCAACAGCAGGAGAGGCAACAGAUUAUGGAUCUUAAACAGCGUGAGGAAGCUCUCAAAAAUCACCUUGAUGCUACAAGAAAGGAAGCUGAAAGCCUCUCUGAAAAGUUCAAAGAUGCUGAGACAAAGUUAGCUGAUGCUCUGAAGAAGGCUGAUAAUUUUGAAAAACAGGCUCUCCAGUUGCGUAAGAUUGCCACUAAAUAUAAGAAGGCUGCUGAAGGAGGCUCAGCAACUGCAGCAACUACUGCUGGGGAUGGCAGUGAAGAACCUGCUAGUGGAGGGACAAUAGUUUCACCUGACAAAGUAAAGGAAUAUGAAGAAACUAUUGCAAGCUUUCGCCAGAAACAGGAGAAAGCACAGGAAGAUGCUACCAAGCUGCAACAAGAAUUGACAGCAUUAAAACAGACUCUUUCCAGUAAAGAUUCAGAAAGUAAUGUCUUCAAGACACAGAGUCAACAGAAGGAUAGUGAAUUAACAAAGUUGCGCAGUGAACUAGAGACCAAAACAAGGGAGUUGCAAGUUGCACAAACUGUUGCAACACAACUCAAACAGAAUGUGACUAAGCAGAUUGCUGAUGUUACAAAGCGAUUGGAUGACAAGAAACAAAUGUAUGAAAAUCGUGUCAGUCUGCUUGAGAAGGAACGUGAUCAUUUCUCCCGUGAGGUGGAAAUGGUCAAUAAGAAGUUGCAGAUUCAGCAAAGGCAACUUGAGAACCUUCAGAAACAGGCAGCUGGGACUUCUAAACCAUCAACAAGUGGAGUGCCUUCAGAAAAAACAGGCUUUGAGCCUCCUCCAACAGCCAACAUAAAACCAAUGAAUGCCCCAGUUGCCCCUUCAGCCUCACCAAGGUCCCAGACAGCAACCCAAGUCGUUCCACCAUCCCGGGCCAUUCCCACUGCCAGUAUUCGACCUAUGGCUCCUCCUUCUGGAGGCUCUGCUCCUCCCCAGGGAUCAACAGUGGUUGUUGUAUCGCCACUAGAAACUCAUAGUGAUGGUAUGGUUUCUUCCACUGUGACUCUCCCCCAGGCCACAGUUACUCCAACUCCUGCCAUUUCUGCACCAACCUUGCUGACAACAGCCACUACAACCCCUGCUGCCACCACAAUGACUAGCACAUUAACUGCUACUGUAUCACCUACUCCAGCCUCUGCGUCUCUGACCACUCCGGUGGCUCCAGCUGUUGCCCUACCAUCCACACCUUCCUCCCAGUCAACGCAACCUUCUGCUUCACAGUCCACUUUGGCCAGUCAGUCAUCUUCAGUAUCACAGUCAUCUGCAAUUGCAGAAUCAACUCCAGCUUCUCAACCUACAUCUAGUGGUCCAACAGUUCAGAUGUCCAAGUCAUCAGGUCAUCUUCAGACUGCUGCUGCUGCCUCAUCGACAGGGACUGCUCAGUCCACUUUGGCAAGUCAGUCUUCAUCAAGUGGCCAGUCGGGAACAGCCAGCACUUCUAUUGUAGUGCCAAUUGUGUCUCCAGUGCCAGCAUCUCCUGCACAGCAUGCUAGGCAGGACACUCAAGAGGUAUCAGCUGAUGCUUUGGUUUCACAAGCUAUUGCCCUUGUAUCACCACUCAGCUCGCAGGAAGUUGCAGGACCUUCCAGUGCUGGUUCUGCAAAGAGAAAAUUGGAGCCAGCAGAGGCAACAACUAAAGAAGCAAAGAGAGCAUGUGUAGAAGAAGAUGAAGCUGGUCCUUCAUCCUCACAUGGAGGACAGGAAAAUGAGGAGGAGCAGAGUGUUACUCCUGAAGAUCAUGAUACUGUAGUUGUAGACUCAGAUGGUGAGGAGCCUGACCAAGAGUACAUUGAUCAAGGGGAAGAUGAUGAUGACGAUGAAGAUGAAGAAGAUGAUGAAGAUGAUGAUGAUGAAGCAAUUGAAGAUGAAGAUCAAAUGGAUGAUGAGGAUGAAGAUAUUAGAGUCAUUGAGGACAAUGAAGAUGACAUAGAAAGGGAUGAUGGAAGUCGUGGCUUCAGUGUAGGAAAUAACCAAGAAGGCAGGGAGGCUAGUGAGGAUAUGAGAAGUGCUGAUGCUGAGGCUGAAGCUGCUUCAGAAACAUCUGCACAUGUUGAAGAAUCAAACAACGAAUCCCCAGAUGCCCCUAGUGAGAGCCAGAGACCUCAGCCAUCUGGUGGAUCAAGUCAGCCUUCUUCAUCAGGUCAAAAUGAAGGACCCUCUCAGACUAGCCCAGGGGUGCCACUUGGCCUCCCCAGGCCUGUUGUUCGGCAGGAAAGACCAGUUGGCCGUCAGAACUUGGCACCUUUCAGUCAGCUUCCUCACUAUGAAGAGGGUGGUGAUGACAGCAUUGUACCAUCGACACCAACUCUGUUUGUCCCGAGGCGUGGAGAUGGGUUCUCUGAAGCAGUAAGCUCUCCUCAGGUUCCAUCUGGUGGAUUUGUGUUUGGCUCUAAUGCAGAAGUUGCAAACCCACCUCAGACAAGUGGAUUGGCUCAGAUGGCAGAGGGAGGUUUAAUAGAUGACACACGCAUUGAUUUGGGUCUUGAUGAAGGAAAUAGAUCUCAGCCCACCACCCCGCUAAGGAGAUCUCCUACAGCUGAACUUGGAGCUGAAGGUGGAGUGAGUACUAGUGAGGGAGAGUCGACGCGCGAACCACCAACAGUUUUAGUGACAGGAGGUGAACAGUCGAGUGGGGAAACAUCACGUGAUUGUGAAGACAACUUCACAGAGGCAGAUUCCAUGGCUGUUGACAUUGGGGAUGACAAUGAAGUAGAGGAAGAAGAAGAAGAGGAUGAGGAGGAUGAUGUGGAGGAAGGAGAACAUGAUGAUGUGAUUGAUGUGGAGGGUGAGGAAGACGGAAAUGAGGAAGAGGAGAGUCAGGGAGGUGAAAAUGAGGAGAGAGAAGGAAGCAGUGAGAUGGAGCAACCUUCUGCGGACGUGUCAAGCGCCCCUUCAUCCACUCCAAGUUCACCCUCCAAUCCAGCUCGAAGAAUCACGCCGAUUACAUGGGAUAACUCCCCACAGAGAAUGCGAGCAGAUAGAG